GCGCAGACUGAAUAAUAAAAGGGGAGCGGCGAAGAGGCAGGAAGACAGGACCAUGUCGAAGGGCCCCGGGCCCGGCGGCUCGGCAGCUUCCUCGGCGCCCCCGGCCGCUACCGCUCAGGUGCUGCAGGCACAGCCCGAGAAACCGCAGCACUACACGUACCUGAAGGAGUUCCGCACAGAGCAGUGCCCACUCUUCGUGCAGCACAAAUGCACACAGCAUCGGCCCUAUACCUGCUUCCACUGGCACUUUGUGAACCAGCGUCGCCGCCGUUCCAUCCGCCGGCGGGAUGGCACCUUCAACUACAGUCCAGAUGUCUACUGCACGAAGUAUGAUGAAGCUACAGGCCUCUGCCCCGAGGGCGACGAGUGCCCAUUCCUGCACAGAACCACUGGGGACACUGAGCGCAGGUAUCACCUUCGCUACUAUAAAACUGGAAUCUGCAUCCAUGAGACAGACUCAAAAGGCAACUGCACCAAAAAUGGCCUGCACUGCGCUUUUGCCCACGGGCCUCAUGACCUCCGCUCCCCUGUUUACGACAUCAGGGAGCUCCAGGCCAUGGAGGCCUUGCAGAAUGGCCAGACUACAGUAGAGGGCAGCAUAGAAGGCCAGUCAGCUGGGGCUGCAAGCCAUGCCAUGAUAGAAAAAAUCCUCAGUGAGGAGCCCCGGUGGCAAGAGACUGCUUAUGUGCUGGGGAACUAUAAGACGGAGCCGUGCAAGAAGCCUCCACGGCUGUGCCGCCAGGGCUAUGCCUGUCCCUACUACCACAACAGCAAGGACCGGCGUCGGAGUCCCCGGAAGCACAAAUACAGGUCGUCUCCAUGUCCAAACGUCAAGCAUGGGGAUGAGUGGGGAGACCCUGGCAAGUGUGAAAACGGAGACGCCUGCCAGUAUUGCCACACACGCACAGAGCAGCAAUUCCACCCAGAGAUCUACAAGUCCACCAAGUGUAAUGACAUGCAGCAGGCGGGCAGCUGCCCCCGAGGACCUUUCUGCGCCUUCGCCCACAUAGAACCGCCACCCUUAAGUGAUGAUGUGCAGCCUUCCUCAGCUGUGUCCAGCCCUACCCAGCCAGGUCCCGUCUUGUACAUGCCAUCUGCCGCUGGAGACUCGGUCCCUGUGAGCCCCUCCAGCCCGCAUGCCCCUGACCUCAGCGCCCUCCUCUGUAGGAAUAGUGGCCUGGGCAGUCCGUCUCACCUCUGCAGCUCCCCACCAGGCCCCAGCAGGAAGGCCUCAAACCUGGAGGGCCUGGUCUUCCCUGGGGAGUCCAGCCUUGCCCCUGGCAGCUACAAGAAAGCUCCUGGCUUCGAAAGGGAAGACCAGGUUGGGGCAGAGUACCUGAAGAAUUUCAAGUGCCAGGCUAAAUUAAAACCCCAUUCGCUAGAGCCCAGGAGUCAGGAGCAGCCUCUGCUUCAACCCAAACAGGACGUGCUGGGCAUCCUCCCUGUGGGCAGCCCCCUGACUUCCAGCAUCUCUUCCAGUAUUACCUCCAGCUUGGCAGCCACUCCCCCCAGCCCUGCAGGCACCAGCAGCGCCCCUGGCAUGAAUGCAAAUGCCCUGCCCUUCUACCCUACCAGCGACACGGUAGAGUCGGUCAUAGAGUCUGCCUUGGAUGACCUGGACCUGAAUGAGUUUGGAGUGGCUGCCCUGGAGAAGACUUUUGAUAACAGCACAGUGCCCCACCCCAGCAGCGUCACGAUCGGCGGCAGUUUGUUGCAGAGCUCCGCGCCUGUGAACAUCCCUGGCUCCCUGGGCAGCUCAGCUUCCUUCCACUCUGCUUCUCCGUCCCCUCCCGUCAGCCUCUCCUCACACUUCCUGCAGCAGCCCCAGAGCCACUUGAGUCAGUCAGAAAACACGUUUUUGGGGACCUCAGCGUCACAUGGAUCUUUGGGGCCAGGGGCUGCUGAGCUGGCCCGGCUUCGGCAAGAGCUAGAUGAAGCUAACGGCACCAUCAAGCAGUGGGAGGAGUCCUGGAAGCAGGCCAAGCAGGCUUGUGAUGCCUGGAAGAAGGAAGCCGAGGAGGCUGGUGAGCGGGCCAGCGCAGCCGGAGCAGAGUGUGAGCUGGCUCGGGAGCAGCGGGAUGCCCUGGAGCUGCGGGUGAAGAAGCUGCAGGAGGAGCUGGAGCGGCUGCACACGGUGCCAGAAGCCCAGACCCUGCCAGCCGCCCCUGACCUGGAGGCACUGUCCCUCUCCACCCUGUACUCCAUCCAGAAGCAGCUGCGGGUCCAUCUGGAACAAGUGGACAAGGCUGUGUUCCACAUGCAGUCAGUGAAAUGCCUUAAGUGUCAGGAGCAGACCCGGGCAGUGCUGCCGUGCCAACACGCUGUUCUGUGUGAGCUCUGUGCUGAGGGCAGUGAGUGCCCCGUCUGCCAGCCCAGCCGGGCCCAUGCCCUCCAGUCGUGACCCUGCAGACCGGGCCCAGCUGGGCCUAGACCUUUUCGCCUAGGACUUUUUAAAGUAUAUAUAUGUAUGUAUGUAUGUAUGUACGUAUGUAUGUAUAUGUAUAUGAUUCUGUACAUGUAUACAUUUCUGUGUGCAGGUGCGCGUGGUGCCAGCGUGUACAGUGUCUGUGUGUAUCUGGACAGGUGCAGACACACACUUUGAAGCAGACUUACCAAGCACUUUUUAAAGAAGAGACUAUUUUGCAGUCCUCCUGUUCCUUCCCCAUCCUUUCUGCUCAAAGACAACGUCCCCUCUUCCCACUGGCCUUUUGACACUGAAUAUGUUUUUGUCUCAUUUUUUAUGUAGGAACUAACUAUUUUUAACUUCUUCCUGGGGCCAGAGCAGGGAAGGCUGGGAAGCUGGAAGGGCAGCUUCGUUCACCCUGCCUUUCCAGGCCACAGUCUGUCAGCAUGGACUCAGGCCUCCACUUCCCAGCUGUGAGGGCUUCAGGCAGCUCUGAAACUCUAAACCAGACUAGCUCCUGGGCUUACCAAAUAUGUAUUUAACUCUGGGGACAGCCAGAGAGCAGGGAGGCCAAAGCUCAGGCUAGCCCCACUCCCACACCUGGGCCCUUGAAGCUCCUCAAGGGUCAAGGCCUAGUUCUGUCCCUCAGGGUUUUGAAACCUGGGCUUCUCCUUGAUCACUUCCUUCUGGAAUCCCUAGAUAGCCUCUUUGACCCCACAGUCACUUGUCAGGUUGGCACUGCCCUCACCUGUCCCUGCCUCCUUCCCUCUGGCACAUGGCUGUAGAGCCGGCCGCUCCCUCCCUCUGGCAGCUAGCAGGGCGAUUGUUGGGAGGAGUGCAGUAUGAGGACCAAGGGGCACAAGCCCUGCCCUUCUUGCUGGGAGGAGGUAGUAUGCAUUCCUUGGUGCUCUCAGAGUGCAGCUGACGUACUGCCGUUCUGGGCAGACGCCUGUGUGCAUGUGUGUGCGUGCCUGUCUGAUGUGUUUAGCUUCAAUUUUAAAAAUUGUUCUGUACAGAGAUGCAGUGAAUCGGGAAAGCAGAGUGGGCAGAGGGAGGCAGCCCUGUUCCCAGUACUGGGUGUCCAGAGGGCUCAAGAGGGCUACAGAGAACCUGCCCAGUAGAGGCCCCUCCCUUGGGCUCAGCACGAAAGGGCUUUCAAUGAAUUAAGUGAAAACUUUCUCCUUUUUUACAAAAAUGCAAAAAUCAACAAACUUAUUGGAAAUAAACUAUGAACUUGCAGUGGCUUGUUUAUAUGGGAUGGGAUUAAGGACGAGGACAUCCAGACUUCCAGGGGCGCGAGAUGGAAAUGGCUGCUGCCCGUUCUCCAGGGUGAAGAGACAGCUGAAGCGGCCUAGAGUCUCUGAGGUGCAAAGGCAGCUCAGACCCCCCCAAGCCAGACCUUCCUAGCCUUAGACAGUGACCUCCCAGGGCAUGUGAGUCCUGCUCAGUGCUCUGUGGCGUGC